AUGCUGCAGCCAUCGCCUCGGGUGAUCUGGCUGUGGGUCUCCAAGACUUCAUAUGCUGCCAUAGUAAUCAUAACUGCUUGCUUUUUGGUGAUAUCCUACGGCGCGUUGUUCUCUCAAGCAGUGCGGACUUCACCAAGACAAACAUGGAAGAACAACUGGUCCGUUCUCACUACCGGAGCAACAUACAUUGUCGUCCUUCUCAUCUCUAUAGUACUAUGCGUCAAGCGAAGAAUUACGAUCGCGCGGAAGAUGCAGCGUGUCUCUAAAGCCCAUACUGGGCUCAAUAAGCGAGAUAUACCAAAGCCUGUUCAUGACUAUAUUAUGGAAGAAUACGCUCGUUCUUGCCUGAUCACUUACGAGUGCCAGCCGAAGAACACCGUCCACCUUGGGUGGGGUCGACUUGGCACGAAGUAUAGCGGAAUGCGUUUCCGACGCACGCUUCUUGAUACCAUCGCAGACAUCGAUAAUCGUGCAAGAUUGGUUAUACCUAGUCAUCCAGUCCUUAAACCUCACGCGCGCAUCUUACACCACUUUCGAUUUAUUCUACCACUCCUUCCCAAGGACGAAGACGGGCUGACUGCGUUACACUACUAUGAUUCGGCCAUCCAGCUCGCCAGGAUCUCAGAACAGGAACUCACGGAGGAAGAGUUCGAGACCGGUAUGCGAGCUGCAAGCGACAUACAGCAGAUACUGAACGAAUGUCGAUUGGAGAUGUUGGAAGAGUCAAGGACACAACUUAAUGUCUCCCCACAUUCUGGGCUAAAGAAGUACUCAUAAACUUGUCCCAUAGUCUAACUCGGGCAUGUUACAUGCACUGCAGAUUA